AUGGAUUUUGUUGAUAGGGCGCCUUUGUCACUAGACAGGGAUAGAGUAACGUGCUUGCUCUUGAUCAAUACCCAUCUUAUGAAGAAAUGCAGCAACAUGUACACCAACGUCAUAUGUAAUCAAUCAUUAAUGCAGCAAAUGUCAAAUGAGAAUAGAGUCAAUAUUACUCAAUCAUACGCAAAUUACAUCAAGAGACUACAGUGUAACUUGACCACGUUGAACUAUAUAUAUGAGAAGUAUCAUGGCCUGCAGCAGCAGCAACAAGCUCAACAACAUCCUCCAAGGUCCACAUUUCCGGUGGUGUUGUCAGCUCCUCCAGAUAUGCCUGAACUUUUCCCCUUGUAUGCCAAGUUACAGGAGCUCUAUGCUGAAGCGUUGCAGUACUUGAGGAUGAAGAUGGAAGAGAUGAAGAAGAAUCAGAUGUUGCAAGCUCAGUCUGGGAGAGUAGUAGGAGGAGUCAGAGCUGGAGCUGGAGCUGGUGCCGGAGCUGGGAUUGGAGGUAUGGGGCAAUUUCAACAACCACAGGUAGUACAACCACAACAGCACCAACAGCAUCCAAAUUCAGUACCUACUCCUCAACAACUGGCUCCCACGCAACAGCAAUUGAAUAUGCAGAAACUGCGGCAGCAACAGUUGCAGCAACAGUUGCAGCAACAACAACGACAACGACAACAACAACAACAACAACAACAACAACAGCAAACGUCACAAUCGCAACAACCACCACUCUCCUCAUCAGCUUCUCAAUUCCAACAACCUUUUGACGACAUGCUCCUCGCAGACACUUUUACAAACUCAUCGUCACGGCCACCUCUGGGUUUGGGCAUGAAUCCCAACAUAAACAUGAACAUGAACAUGGAUGUGAACCCCAACUUGAACAUGAAUACCGGUGGCAUGGGUGGAAUUGGUGGAUUUGGAGGUGGCAUGAAUCCUGCAGCCAACAUAGGAGUUGACUUCUCCAAUAGCAACAAUAAUAACAGCAGCAGCAACAAUACUUCAAAUUUCAGCACCGAUGGAGGAAUUGGUGGCAUUGGCGGGGUUAGUGGUGGAUUGAGCAACGGCUCUAAUUUCCAGAUAUCAACCUUAUCUCCACAGCAAAUUUUGCAACAAGCAAAUGAAGCCAAGAGCAACAAUACCAAUAAUAUUGGCGGUGUCGGUGGCAGUGGCAGUGGCAGUGGCAGUGGUGGCUCUCAGCUCAACCUGAAUGAAUUUGGAAUAUUUUGA